UUUUUUUUGUGGUUUUUUGUUUGUGUGUGUAUUGGGAUGAACAAGUUGAUAUCCUGGAUUGGUGCUCUGGCAUUGAGCAGUUGGGUUUGCUUUGUGGAUGGGCAGAGUGACCUUCCAUGCAUCUGGUACGGACGCAGUCAUUUGAAGGGGUCGCACUGGCAAAAUAAGGCUGAUAACGGCCCUGCACGGCCGCUAAACAGUCCCGAGGCUGAGGAAAUAUUCAAGCGUCGCUGCCCCACAUUUUACGAGGAGUACAAGGGACCCAAUGGCGAUGCGGAACUAUUGCUAUGCUGCGAUGCGGAUCAAGCGAUUGACUUGGACGCGGGUAUGACCCAAGCCGAUGGCGUCUAUUCGCGCUGCCCGACCUGUGUGGCCAAUAUGGCGUUGACCAUAUGCGCCAUGACAUGUGCACAGAACCACUCGCUCUUUCUCACGGCCUACAACGAACCCUACGACAAUCACGAGUAUGUGGAGCACAUUGACUAUCGAUUGUCUGCAGAGACUGCUUCUAAGGUCUACAACAGCUGUGCGAGCAUUCAACAUCCGCAGACGGGACGGCCAGUGAUGGACUUGGGGUGCGGUGCCUACAAUGCCAAGACAUGUGACUACCGCAAAUGGUACAAUUCUAUGGGCGAUGCCGACAGCAGCGACUAUGUGCCGUUCACAAUCAACUAUAUAUAUGACGACGAUGAAGUGGGCUCCAGCAACGAGGAUGAUGCCAUCUUUUUGCAUCUAGAUCCACUCGACUGUGGUCAAAGCUAUGACAACAACUAUGCUUGUGCCUGCAUAGAUUGCGACGAGUCGUGCCCGAUAAGCACACCCCCGGCGGGGCAGGAGGAUCCCUGGCAAAUAGCUGGCCUUUAUGGAGUGACCUUUAUUGUCAGCUUGAUAGUGGGCAUACUUUUGGCCGUCCUCAUCUUUUGGGGCUCCUUCGGACGUUGUCAAGCGCCAAAUGUUUGCAUGCCCACGCUUUAUGGUGGUUUCCUGCACACGAGCUUCCGGUUCUGGGGUACUUUUUGUGCAAAACAUCCGGUUCUGGUGUUGGCCAUAUGUUCCUGGGUUAUUGGCGGCCUUGGAUAUGGCAUACGCUAUAUGAAUGUCACCACGGAUCCCGUGGAGCUGUGGGCCGGUGAAGAAAGUCGCACAAGAAUUGAAAAGGAAUACUUCGAUGAACACUUUGGGCCUUUCUACCGCACCAAUCAGAUAUUUGUAAAGCCCAAGGACAAGAGCUACUUUACACACGAAGCGCCCAGUGGAUUGCUUCAGUUUGGACCGGCCUAUGAGUUCAACUUCUUGAAGGAGGUCUUUGAGCUGCAGGAGGCCAUCAUGAAGUUGGGUCUUGACGAAGGUGUUGGUCUGAACAAAGUGUGCUAUGCGCCAAUGCUAUAUCCGGGGGAGGAGCCGGAAGUGAAAGACUGUGUUAUACAGUCCCUCUACGGCUAUUUCCAGCACGACAUGUCUCGUUUCGAGAGCUCCUAUGAGGACAGCAAUAAUUACACCAUUAACUACUUGAAUCAACUUGAGGAUUGCUUGCGAGUUCCCAUGAUGGAGGACUGCUUUGGCACCUACGGCGGCCCAAUUGAACCGGGCAUAGCUGUGGGUGGCAUGCCCAAGGUCAGUGCUGGGGAGGAUCCAGACUACUUACUAGCCACCGGUCUAGUGCUCACAUUCCUCGGACGCAAUCAGAACGAUCCCUCGAAGUUGGAGAACAAUCUAGAGUGGGAGCUGAAGUUUAUUAAUUUCCUCAAAAGCUAUACCAGCGAUCGCCUGGACAUUGCCUUUUCCGCGGAGCGCUCUAUCCAGGAUGCUAUAGUGGAGCUAAGCGAGGGAGAAGUGGGCACUGUGGUCAUAAGCUACGUGGUGAUGUUUGUCUAUGUGGCCAUCGCCUUGGGCCGCAUACGCAGUUGCCGGGGCUUUUUCCGAGAGUCACGCAUCAUGCUGGCCAUCGGUGGUAUUGUCAUCGUCCUCGCCUCUGUGGUGUGCAGCCUGGGCUUCUGGGGCUAUUUGAAUGUGACGACCACAAUGCUUGCCAUCGAGGUCAUUCCGUUCCUGGUGCUGGCCGUGGGUGUGGACAACAUAUUUAUUAUGGUGCACACGUAUCAGCGAUUGGAUCGCAGUCAAUAUGCUAAUACCCAUGAGGCGAUCGGAGCUGCUAUUGGUCAGGUGGGUCCCUCCAUACUGCAGUCGGCGGCCUCCGAGUUCGCCUGCUUUGCCAUUGGCGCCAUCUCGGACAUGCCGGCGGUUCGGACCUUUGCGAUGUACGCGGCGGCGGCCAUUUUGUUGGACUUUUUGCUGCAGAUCACGGCAUUUGUGGCACUUAUGGCCAUCGAUGAGAGGCGCUACCGUUCGGGGCGCCUGGAUAUGCUAUGCUGUGUGCGAACCGCAAAGAUCCUGAACGACUCAUCGGAUGUGGGCAUGCUGGAGAAGUUGUUCAAACAUUUCUAUGCACCUUUCUUGCUAUCCAAAACCGUGAAGACGAUCGUGUUGCUAGCUUUUACUGUGAUAACCUGCCUGUCACUCAUGGUGUGUCCGUCCAUCGAGCCCGGCCUGGAUCAGGAACUUUCUAUGCCCAAGGACUCCCACGUAGUUAAGUAUUUCCAAUACAUGGAUGAUCUAUUAGCGAUGGGCGCACCCGUCUACUGGGUGCUGAAGCCAGGGCUGGACUAUGCUCAGCCAGAGCAGCAAAAUAUCAUCUGCGGCGGGGUCGAAUGCAACGACGACAGCCUGUCCGUGCAGCUCUAUACCCAGUCGCGUUAUCCAGAGAUUACAUCUCUUGCACGCUCGGCCUCCUCGUGGAUUGACGAUUACAUCGAUUGGCUAAGCAUAUCCGACUGUUGCAAGUACAAUGCCACCACUUUGGCCUUCUGUCCGAGCAAUUCCAAGAGUGAUGAUUGCUUGCCCUGUCCACGUGAGUUCACGGAUGAUGGGCUACGCCCCAAACCAGAGACCUUUAACAGAUAUGUACAGUUCUUCCUCUCUGAUCUCCCCGAUGCUGAGUGCGCCAAGGCUGGUCGAGCUGCCUAUGCAGAUGCCGUCAUCUACACCCUAGACGAUGAGGGCUUGGCCACCAUUUUGGAUACCUAUUUCAUGCAAUACUCCACCACUUCGACCACCAGUCCGCAAUUCACAUCAGCGCUGCGUGAAGCGCGCCGCAUCGCUAGCGAAAUCAACGCAAUGUACCAGGCACAUGGAGUGGACGUCGAAGUGUUUCCCUACUGCGUUUUCUUUAUUUUUUAUGAGCAGUACCUGACCAUCUGGAACGAUGCGCUUUUCUCCCUCGGACUCUCACUGGUGGCCAUAUUCGUAGUCACCCUUUUAAUCACCGGCUUCGAUAUUACAUCGGCGCUAAUUGUUCUGUUUAUGGUCAUCUGCAUUGUCAUCAACAUGGGUGGCAUGAUGUGGGCCUGGAGUAUUACGCUUAAUGCGAUUUCGCUGGUAAAUCUAGUGGUGUGUGUAGGCAUAGGCGUUGAAUUCGUCUCGCAUAUUGUGCGCUCAUUCAAGGAAGCUGAGGGCACGGCCCAGGACCGAGCUAUGCGCUCCCUUACGGUCACCGGAAGCAGCGUUCUCUCGGGCAUUACGCUCACCAAGUUCGCUGGCAUUGUGGUGCUCGCCUUUUCAAACUCGCAGGUGUUCCAGGUCUUCUACUUCCGCAUGUACCUGGGCAUUGUUCUUAUUGGAGCAGCACAUGGAUUGAUUUUAUUGCCGGUGCUCCUGAGCUUGCUGGGACCAUUACCUGGACUGCGCAAAACAUCCAGCGAUGAGCCACUGACGCCUUAAGUAUCGCCUACCACGAUUUCUCCGUAAAAGUGUGCGUGUGUGGGUUUGUGUGUGGGAGUCUGACUGCGCCAGAGUGUGUACAACUGUGAUUUAAAAGUCACCGCGACAAUAUGUAACAAAUAUCAGGGACGAUUGUAAUUUAGUGGGUCCUUGAAGGAUU